AUGCGGGCCACAGAGCUGCUUCUGGUUGUCCUGGCUCCCAUCAUGCAGGUAUCUUCCAACCUCGUGUUAAUUACCAGUAGGACUGGGGAGACUGCUUCGUUCACCUGUGAUCUUACACUAGGAGCCACCUAUAUCCACUUGUACAAACAUGAGGAGGGGACGGCCCCCCAACGCCUUCUCUACUAUGACAGCUACAACUCAAAGCCUGUGCUUGAAUCAGGAAGCAGUGGAGAAAAAUACCAUGUUUAUAAGAGCACAGAAAGGCGCUAUGCAUUUGCAAUCCUAAAUCUGAAAGAGAGUGAUUCCGGCAUAUACUACUGUGCCACCUGGGAUAAGCACAUUGGUUCAGACUUCCUCUCAGGCUGGAAGAAGAUAUUUGGAGAAGGAGCUAUUAUCAUAGUAACUCCUCCUGAUAAAAAGCUUCCUGCAGAUACUUCCCCCAAACCCACAAUUUUUCUUCCUUCAAUUAAUGAAGUCAACCAUCAACAGGCUGCAACGUAUCUUUGUCUCCUGGAAAAAUUUUUCCCUGAUGUUGUUAAGGUUUCUUGGAAAGAAAAGAAUGGCAACAGGGUUCUUCCAUCCCAGCAGGGAAAUACCAUGAAGACCAAUGACACAUACAUGAAGCUCAGCUGGCUGACAGUGACAGAAAACUCCAUGAAGAAAGAGCACGUAUGUAUCGUCAAACAUGAGAAAAAUCCAGGAAGAAAAGAUCAAGAGAUUCUUUUUCCUGCAGUGAAUGAAGUUUUCACCCCAGUUGUCACUACUACCGAGCCUCCAAAUGAUUGUUUGAAAGAUGAAAGUGAAGUCACUGAUACUGAUUUUACAAAAGCUUGUGCAAGAGAUCAAAGUAAAGUUGCUAAUUCUACAAAAGCAUGUCUGAAAGAUGAAAACAACACCGUGCCGCUGCAUUUCACGUACAACUCUGCUUACUACACCUACCUCGUCCUCCUCCUCAAGAGUGCUGUCUACUUUGCCAUCACCUCCUUCUGUGUGUUUAGGAGAACAGGAGUCUGCUGUGACGGGACGAGCUCGUGA